GUCAUUUGUCAUUCUUAUUGAAUCUAUCACCUAUUCUCAACUUAUUUUUACUGUCAUUAUACACAGUUUAUAUCACAAUAAUGAAAUAAGAAAGAAUAAGCCAAGAUGUUACUCAAGCUUUUUAAAAACAAAGUAAAAUUGACCAAGGUUCAAAUUCGUGCAUGUUGUUCUUCAGUGCAAGGUGAACCAAAAGGGCCUUCUGUUAAGACUCCGAUCCCUGGUCCAAACUCCAAAAAACUCCACGCAGAAUUACACAAAAUUCAAUAUGCAGGAACAAUCCAACUGUUUAUUAAUUACUUGAAAUCAAUUGGAAAUUAUUUGGUCGACGUUGACGGCAAUGUUAUUUUAGACACCUUCUCUCAAAUAUCGGCAGCUCCACUGGGCUACAACCACCCAGAACUACUCAAAGUGUUCAAAAACGACGACAAUCUUAGACGUUUAGUUAAUAGACCAGCUCUUGGUCUAUUCCCCGGAGACGAUUAUCCUGAGAAAGUGAAAAAUAUUUUUAGUCAAAUUUCCCCCUGUUUGCCCAAAAUCUAUCUCAUGAUGUGUGGAGCAUGUUCGAACGAAAACGCUUUCAAACACUUGUUUCUAGCCUACCAGCGCAAAAAACGAGGAAACAAACCUUUUACAGAAGAAGAGAAAACUUCCGCCCUCCUUAACAAACCACCCGGUUGUCCGAAUUUAACAAUUCUGUCUUUUCACAACGCUUUUCUCGGCCGAACUUUUGCUUGUUUGGCUGCAACACACUCGAAAUUUAUCCAAAAAGUUGAUCUUCCGUCCAUCGACUGGCCCGCUGCACAUUUCCCCAAAUACAAGUAUCCACUGGAGGAAAAUAAGCGAGAAAAUGAAGAAGAAGAUAGAAAAUGUUUGGCAGAAGUUGAGGACUUGAUGCAGAAAUAUGAAAAGAAAGGAACUCCGGUUGCUGGAGUAGCUGUCGAGCCUUUACAGUCAGAAGCGGGCAAUUAUGAAGCUUCCCCUGAGUUUUUCCAACAGUUACAAAAAAUUGUGAAGAAGAACAAUGCAUAUUUGCUGUUUGAUGAAGUUCAAACGGGGGGCGGAGCCUCAGGGAAGUUUUGGUUUCACGAGCAUUUUGAUCUGGAGACUCCACCGGAUGUAAUCACUUUUAGUAAGAAAAUGCAACUUGGGGGUUAUUUCCAUUCGGAAGAGUUGACACCGGAUGUCCCUUAUCGAAUUUUCAACACCUGGAUGGGAGAUCCCGGAAAACUCAUGUUGCUUGAAGUGAUUAUCGAAGUCAUGAGAAAGCAAAAUCUUUUAGACACUGUACAAAAAACCGGAAAAAAGUUGAAAUGUGGUCUCCACGAGCUCGAAAGUGAAUUUUCUAAUUUGAUAAAUUCGGUGCGAGGUGUUGGAACUCUUCUAGCCUUUGAUGCCAAAGAUGAAAAUAUGAGAAGUGAAUUUUCUAAAAAAUUACUAAACAAAGGUGUUUUGGUUGGAAAUUGCGGUUCAAAAGGCAUUCGAUUUCGGCCUGCUUUAACUUUUGAAGAAAGUCACGUCGACAUAUUUUUAGACAAAUUCAGAGAAGUCCUGAAAGAAAUUAAUAAGUGAUCUUGUUACAUUUUUUGAGUUGUUAAGAAAUAAAACUAAA